AGUAGCACGACGUCCUAGGCGAUGAGGAGGGGGAUGAGUUUUCCGUAACCUGAAGCUACGUCCUCCUGAUUCCUCAUUAAAGAAAAAGGCGGGAACUAGUCAAAACCCGGGGAGUGAUGGGACGCUCGGAUCUGCUCGUCCCGCCCCUUUCGGCCUCUCAUUGGUGAAUAUCCGCGGCUCCUGUCAGAGGAGCCCGCCUGAUUGGCUCUCAGGCUCUAGGGGAGCAGGUCUCCAGCGCCGACCCCGCCUCCCCCAGCUGCCUACGUGGGGCGGGCAGCAACCGGCGUUUGGGAGCCGCCGCGUCUGUGCGGAGCGGGAGGCGGGCAUGGGGGGGCUGCGGCUGCUGGCGGUGGCCCUGACGUGCUGCUGGUGGCCGCAGGGCAGCCAGGGUAAGACCCUGCGGGGCAGCUUCAGCAGCACCGCGGCCCAAGACGCCCAGGGCCAGCGCAUCGGCCACUUCGAGUUCCACGGUGACCAUGCUCUUCUGUGUGUCAGAAUCAACAACAUAGCAGUAGCUGUUGGAAAAGAAGCUAAACUCUACCUGUUCCAAGCUCAGGAAUGGCUAAAGCUACAGGAAAGCAGUCAUGGUUAUAGCUGUAGUGAAAAAUUAUCCAAAGCUCAGUUGACAAUGACCAUGAACCAGACUGAACAUAAUCUGACAGUGUCCCAGAUACCAUCUCCGCAAACGUGGCAUGUGUUUUACGCAGACAAGUAUACGUGCCACGAUGACAAGGAGAACUCUCAGGUGGAAGAUAUCCCAUUUGAAAUGGUGUUACUAAACCCAGAUGCCGAGGGGAAUCCAUUUGAUCAUUUUAGUGCUGGAGAAUCUGGGUUACAUGAGUUCUUUUUCCUCCUAGUCCUAGUGUACUUUGUGAUUGCUUGCAUUUAUGCUCAAUCAUUGUGGCAGGCUAUUAAGAAAGGAGGACCCAUGCACAUGAUUUUAAAGGUUCUGACAACUGCAUUGCUGUUACAAGCUGGUUCAGCUUUAGCUAAUUACAUUCAUUUCUCCAGUUACUCCAGAGAUGGAAUAGGGGUACCAUUUAUGGGAAGUUUGGCAGAAUUUUUUGACAUCGCUUCCCAAAUUCAGAUGUUAUACCUACUUUUGAGUCUAUGCAUGGGUUGGACAAUAGUCAGAAUGAAGAAGUCUCAAAGCAGACCUCUUCAGUGGGAUUCUACCCCUGCGUCCACUGGAAUUGCAGUAUUCAUUGUCAUGACACAGAGUAUUUUGCUACUUUGGGAACAGUUUGAAGAUACCAGUCAUCAUAGCUAUCAUUCACACCACAACUUAGCAGGGAUCCUCCUAAUCAUUCUACGAAUUUGCCUAGCAUUGUCAUUAGGCUGUGGACUCUAUCAGAUCAUCACAGUGGAGAGAAGUACGCUCAAAAGGGAGUUCUACAUCACAUUUGCCAAAGGCUGUGUCUUGUGGUUUUUGUGCCAUCCAGUUCUUGCAUGCAUUUCUGUCAUUUUUAGUGACUACCAAAGGGACAAGGUCAUUACGAUAGGUGUUAUCCUUUGCCAGUCCGUCUCCAUGGUUAUUCUCUACAGACUCUUUCUGUCUCACAGUCUAUACUGGGAAGUUUCUUCACUUUCCUCAGUAACACUACCACUGACCAUAUCAUCUGGACACAAAAGUCGCCCCCAUUUCUGAUACUUGAUUUUUGUUAAGAGGAAAAGUGAAUUGGUUAAAAGAGUGCAAUAAGGAUCCAAAUACAGUGACUUUUCUUCAUACAUUUGGUGUGAAAACUUGAACAGCGAAAGCAGAGCAUGUUAUUUAUAUAACUGCAUUUAGGCAGUACCAAAACUGAAAAAAAAAAAGGUAAUAAAUGAAAUGUUCUGAAAUGUACUUAAACAGGCUUUGAAGAAAGUGAUGUAAUAAAAUGACUGAAGCAAUUUCUAUAUGGAAAUAAAUGUGAAAAAUAACUAUAUGAUAUUUUGGUAAAAUAUUCACCACUUAUAAUGCCUCAUCUUAAUAGCUAACUCAGGUUUAAUAGUCUUAUAAAAGUAAUCAGUUAAAUGAUUACUUGCUUAUACAUAUCUAAACUAGUCCAGUUAAGAAAUCAGUGUAAUAUCUUGAUUUUUAAAAAUGCUGCUUUUUAUGCUUUAAGGAAAGUACAUUUCAUAUUUGAAUUUAAAGGAAUUGAAAUUGAAAUUACUUCAGGAAAUGAAUUUAAAGUAGUUCACAGUUAAAUGAAUAAGCUUUUGUUUAUAUGUGGGUGGAGUUACUCUCCAUUUUUUUCUGCCAUUUUUGGCUCUAGUUCAGGUCUUAGCUUGAUUAGCAAAGGUUUUUGACAGUUUAUGAAAAAAUAAAAAAUAUAUUACACGGGUUGUAAGGACAAAGGAUUUUAAAAUCUGGGCACUUAGGUGAAGGGACAAGCAGGUUUAUGUGUUUAAAAAGAGAAGGGAAAAGGUACUAUGUGAUACGGUACUAAAAUUUUAAUCCCAAUAUAAUUCAUUUCUCUUACAUUGAAUCCCCAAUCAUAAUUAAGCCAUAUACACAGAUUAAAUUAACAGAAGCAUUUCACAUAAAUGUUGGUUUCAGUCAUCAACUACCCAUGAAUUCCUGCCCAAGGAUACUUAAUCAGGAUUAAAUUUUCUAUGAAUAAUUGAAAAACAAAACACUCACUGGAUUUGUUAUAAUCCAUGUUGGCACUGGAUUCUAAGUAGUUGCCAUCUUGAAUCCUUUAUAAUAAAGCCAUACUUUUGUGUGUGUGUGAUGCCCCAGUAUUGAGUAUGCUAGCUAAAAAAUAUCAAGUGCCUGAUUAAAGAAUUGCUAAAUGGUUGUCGAUACUUGCUGUACAAAAUAAGUAUUCCCAUUAAUAGUCACUGAUUGGAAAUUAUUCUAUUGCUCUUUGUCAGGCUGUUGAGGCCUUUUUCUUUUUACUUUUGGCUUAUUUUAAAAAUAUUUUUAUCUACUUUAAGCAAGAAACAAUGCACUGAUCUGGUAGUUAAAUCUUUUAAUAGCUAAAAUAAUGUAGUGUAGCUUAAAAAAUACCUAUGGCUUUGUCUUUGUUUUCCCUUGCACCUAGUCUCAUGGGAAAUAACUAGUAUUCUGCAUCAUUUUCAGGUCAGAAUGUGGAUUUGUGACUUGCAAAAUGACAAAGUUACAAAGUUCGACCUGCUUAUUAAAUCAUUUCUUUAUUAGUUCUUUGUAAAUCAUUUAGUAAAUUAGAGCUACAGGUUAAGACUAGAAAGUCUGAGUUAUGUUUUAGGUUUCCAUGAUCGUCUGAGUGGUCAUAACCUUUUCUUUUAUCAUGUCUCACUAAUAACCCCAGCUAAUGCCUGUUGUGUUCAGCUGAGGUUAAUUAAGCAAAAAAGGAAAAAGGUGAAGCUGUUUCAUAAAUUUUGUGAACUUGCCAAAAGGGGAAGGGAAAAAUCUUUGUGUUACUUUAUUCAAAGAACAUAAAUGACUGAAUUUAAUGUAUAUGAAAUUUAUUACUCUGCUUGCAUAUAUGAAACAAGUUUUUUAAACUUUUAAUUCUUAAAUUUGUGGUUGAAAUUGCUGAUAAUUUAUUUUGUUAUUCAAGAGCCAUUGUUAAGUGGAGGAAAGUAGUUGUUAAUAAGUGUAUAAAAUUGUUGUUGACUAGUUAUCAGGGACAAAAUUUAUAGUUUGUAAGUCAUGGCACAGUAUCCCCUCUUUUUCUGAAUGUUUACAUCGAGAUUCAUCACUGCAGAUUACAGAAAGUUAAGUGUAUACUACAAACUCUAAUUAAAGAUAAAAAUAUUUUCUA